GAACUUUUUGGCGGGAACGCGAGGAGUGAAGUUGUGUGAUUUGUUUUAAUUUGUCUAUUUAGUAUUUCUUCAGGUUUAAAUGUGUAAUAACGGUAGUUUAUUAACCGUUUCAUAUCUGUGAAAGUGCGCAAAUGUGCGAAAAUGAAACAAAACCGCUGGACGUAACUUCUUGGGAUCCUCCAAAAAGUCCACUGAAAAAAUCUCAGUCAAUGACCACCAUUUUACUGAGAUUAAAUUUCAUCCCAUAUCAUCUCAUCUCAUUUCAUUUAAUUUCAUCCCAGUUGUUUGAUGUCUCCAAUUAAUCAUCUUCAUUUAAUUUCAUUUCACUCCAUAUUACAUAUCAUUUGUCAUAAAAAUAAGAAUAUAAAUAAGAGAGAAAAUACAAUAAGACAUUACCUAAAGAUCUUAGUUACCAGGUCAUAACAUCCCUUUAAAAAAAAAAGAAAGUGUCAACUUGAAGAGGUGAAAAAAUAUUAUUGUUUUCCACUUUCCAGCAUUAUAAAGUAAAAAACGCGAUGAUUUAUUUUUUUAGUUUGCCUUAUCUAAAACUUCGAUAUCGUUAAAUACUCCCAAUUUAUAAAAAUAACAAGAUGGAAGAGGUAGAUUCAAUCAUUUUACAUUUUCUGCGUCAACUGAACCUAAAAAUAGAUGACAAUGUGAAGAACAUGUGCGAUGUUUCUGUAGAGUUUAUUAUUGAAGCAGCAUCAAAAUGCCUAAACGCUAUAAAUCCAUCCUUGAAAGUUCCUCAAAAAUUACCAAAAGGAAUCUCCCAUCGAAUCGAAGUAGCUGCUCAGAUAGCAUCAUUUUGCAAAGAUUUGGGGUACAAAAAUGAUGUUGGUUAUCAAACAUUCCUGUACUAUAAUGAAGCGGAAUUACGGCAAGUAUUUAUGUUUCUUAUUGAGAGACUACCCAAUGAAGGAAAACAGAGUUCAGUUUCUGCAUCUCUUAAAACAAACCAGUCAACAUUGAUGAAAGACGUUAGCAACAAGAUUUCUGAGGAAAUGGAAAAAAUAUGGGUACCACAUUGUUGCAAACCCAAUGAGCAACAAAAAGGAAUCACUUCAACAAAAAACAAUGUUCAUUUGUAUAAUACAUUAGAAAAUGAGAAAGAUUUAAUUCAAAAGCUAAUACAUAUACAAGAAAUGAAUACAAAUAGUAGAGAUACCAAAGCACAGGACGUUGAAAUGCAAAAAGAAUCGAAAUUAAAAACGGAAGCGUUUACAAAAGAACAUAAUAAAACUCUUAAAGAAUUAAAGGAGACUGCUAUAGUGUUACGACAGAAAUUAGACACUCUAGAAAGUGAAAGAAAUGUUAUGAAUGUUGAAUAUUCUCAGGCUCAAGUUUCGUGUGAAAAAGUUGAAGAAGAUUUGAAAAAUGUUAUUAAUAUUUUAAAUAGCAUAGGAAUUACAGAUGAAAAUUCAGAGGGCGUUUCAGAUGAGGUACUAGAAAAAGUACAAAAAAAUAUUAACAAACUACAUGCAAAAAGUGAAGAUUUAACAUCAAAAAGUUUGUCAUUGAAAGCAGAAAUUGAAAAUGUCAAGCAGAGUAUGAAUAGAUCUGAGUCUGAAAGAAAUAAAUACAAAAAUAUGUUAGGCCAUUUAAAAGAAUCUGCAAAAGCUAUGAAAGAGGAAUAUGGUCAAAAAGAACAUUUGAGAAAUCAACUCAAGUCGAAAUAUGAAAAGUUAAGAGGUGGUAACAAAAGAUCCAUCUAUACGAAACGUAUUGUAGAAAUAAUAAGUAAUGUUGAUAAACAAAACAUUGAAAUAAAGAAAAUAUUAGAAGACACAAGACAGCUACAAAAAGAAAUAAAUAUACUAGAAGGUCAGCUUGAACGGUCUUUCUCUGUUGCAGAUGAAACACUGUUUAGGGAUGCAAAGAAAGAUGAUCAAGCAAAGAAAGCAUAUAAACUACUAGCUCUGCUGCAUUCAGAAUGUAAAACUAUCGUGUCAUUAGUUAAUGAUAUAGGAUCUUUGCAAAGAGACAUUGUUGAUUUAGAAGAAAAUGUUAAAACAGAAACUGCAAAGAGGACUGAAGAUACCUUGGAGAAAAUUAAAUUUGAUAUUGCAAAAAUUAAAGAAGAAACCUAAAUUUUUCAAUUAUUUAUUAUUAUUUGGUUAUGACUCAAAAUAAAGAGAAAUAGGUUUC